AUGGUCAUCUAUGAAAAGAACGAGCAAGUUGGUGGCACUUGGUGGGAGAACAAAUAUCCAGGCUGUGCGUGCGAUGUUCCAUCUCACAAUUACACUUGGUCGUUCGAGCCUAAACUUGACUGGUCCGGCACCUACGCCAGUAGUAAGGAGAUCUUCAAUUAUUUCCACUCGUUCACGGACAAGUAUGCACUGCAACACUACUGCCGUAUGCGUCAUCAAGUUGUAAGCGCCAUAUGGAAUACACAAGAGCACGGGUACCAUGUCAAGAUUCGUGAUUUGAACGCAAACACAGAGAUCGACGAUUUUUGUGAUAUCCUCAUCAAUGCUGGCAGUGUAUUGAACUCCUGGCGCUGGCCUGCUAUUCCAGGACUAGAGAGUUAUAAGGGGAAACUCGUUCACACAGCCAACUGGAAUGAAUUUCUCGUGUUAGAUGGCAAGCAUGUUGGGUUGAUUGGAAACGGCUCUUCUGGAAUUCAAGUUCUUCCUGCCAUUCUUCCUCGAGUGAAAGAAGUCACUACCUUUAUUCGAGAGCCUACUUGGGUCUCUCCUAUUCCCGGUCUCGAGCAACAUAUCUUUACAGCCGAGGAAAAGGAAGCAUUUGCUGCCAAACCUGGGCUCCUCACUCAGUACCGCAAAGAUAUUGAGAGAGGUGUCCCGAUUCCUCAAUGGUCAGUUGGGUGUCGCCGCAUCACGCCAGGUGCGGGCUAUCUAGAGUCUUUAGGCGCAGAAAACGUCAAUGUUGUGUAUGGCAAUAUUGAUGCGGUUACUCCUCUCGGGUGCGUCUCUGGUGGCCGUGAGUACCCUGUGGAUGCUUUGAUUUGUGCCACUGGAUUCGAUACAACAUUCAGACCCAGGUUUCCAAUUAUUGGUCCCACGGGAAGUAACUUGCAGGAUGAGUGGAAAAAUGAGCCACAGCCAUACUUCGGUAUAGCUGCUGCUGGAAUUCCAAACUACCUUAUGUUCCUUGGACCCAAUAGUCCAGUUGGUAACGGCCCUGUAUUAUCAGCAAUCGAAGCACAAGCCGAUUAUAUGAUGAAGCUCAUUGAUCGCUACCAAACAACGAAUAUAGCGAGCUUCUCUCCGCGUCCGGAGGCUGUUGCCGACUUUACCGCAUACAAGAAUCGAUUCAUGCACGGAACAGUCUGGAAAGAUGCAUGUCAGUCAUGGUACAAGGCCGGUCGGCCAGAUGGAUCUAUCACGGCGUUAUGGCCGGGCUCGACUCUACACUAUAUCGAGGCAACGGAUGAAGUGCGCACAGAGGACUGGGAAACUACCUGUUCUGGCAAUCGCUUUGACUGGCUAGGAAACGGAUAUAGUCAGACAGAAUGCGACGAAACGGCAGACUGGGCCUAUUAUAUUCGGGGCAAGGAUGAUGGCGAAUACCAAAGUCGUGGCAAGAAGCGACGUAUCGCAACAAAGUCGGGAACAGUCAAAGCGGAUGCUGGUAACUUCCAAGUAUUCCCUAAAAUCUAG